GCUAGUAAUACUGCUGACUACUGAACCAUAAUGGCGGAUCUGCUUACUACUAUUAGUACUUGAUUUUCCUUAUACGUUAAAACUCAAAAACCGCUGGUUCUUCUAUUGCACCUAUUCAGUUUAAAUACUACUGCCAAUUGCUAAAUCACUUCUCAUUUCCCAUUCUCAGAAAAAAAAAGUUGAAAUUAAACGUAUAAUCGAUUUGAAGAUGCUUGACGGUUUACUAAACCGUGGCUUCAGCUCCAAAUGUAAAUCGCUAUUGAAGGCAACUCGGACGAGGAUCGAAGUGGUGAGGAAGAGAGCGGAGGCGAAGCAGAGGUUUUUGAAGGAGGAUCUUGCCAAGCUGCUUGCUAACGGUCUCGAUAUCAAUGCCUAUGGACGGACGGAAGAAUUUCUUGCUGGACUCAACCUUUUGUCCUGUUAUGAUUUCAUUGAAUACACGUGCGAAUAUAUUCUGAAGCAGCUUUUGAGCAUGCAAAAGCAAAGAGAGUGCCCAGAAGAGUGCAGGGAGCCUGUGGCUUCUCUGAUGUUUGCAGCAGCAAGAUUUUCUGAUUUGCCUGAAUUGCGAGAUCUCAGGAAUCUAUUUCAGGAGAGAUAUGGAAGUACUCUAGAAUGUUUUGUUAAUCAAAAGUUUGUUGAGAUAUUGUCUUCAAAGCCUCCUGCCAUGGAGAAGAGACUCCAGUUACUGAAAGAUAUAGCAUCAGAGUUUUCAAUAAAUUGGAAUUCUGGGGGCUUUGAGCAGAGGAUGGCUGAUCCACCUACACUAGUACAGGCCAAACCAAAUAAACAUGGAAAUUUCUCUGUUGCUGCUGAAGAACUUAAUCUUCUUAAUGGCAAUGGAAAUGUUGCAAAAUCUGAUGGACAUGAUGUUUCACUUAAAGAAACACAUGAUCAUACUAAUGGUGGCCAGAAAAUGCAGGGUGCUGGAGAGGGUAAGCAUUCAAGAAGAGAAGAUGGAAGUACUAAUGUUGCAAAAUAUGAUGUUUCACCUGAAGAAACAUGUGGUCUAAGUAAUGAUGGCCAGAGAAUGCACAACCGCAGGGGUACUAAGGAAUCAGAAAGGGGAGAUGGACGUGGAGUUGUAGCAAAAUAUGAUAGGUAUGAUGUUUUACCUGAAAAAACACGUGCUCUUAGUCAUGGUAGCCAUAGAAUUCAUAAAUACAGAGAGGAUACAGAUUCAAGAAGAGAAGGUGUUGCUGUUGCUGUUGCAACAUCUGAUGGGUAUGAUGUUUCACCUAAAGACCCACGUGGUCUAAUUAAUGAUGGGCACGGAAUGCGCAAUGGUAGAGAGGAUAAGGAUUCAAGAGGAGAACAGUUGAACCUCCAUUUCAGAGGAAGGUUGGGAAGUGGCACUGAUAGACACAUAUCACCAACCAAGAAAGGAGAGAGUACUCCAAGACAAGUCAAAAAUGACCUUUUAUUUGAGCGAAGGCAAGAAGUGAUGGUGGACAAACAUGAAUUAUCAUGGAAAAAGGAUGAAACUUUGUUCAAAGCUGUAAAAGCAGGCCCUUCAUCACGUAGGAAAGGACUAGACGAUUUCAGUGGUGGAUAUUCAGGUCAGGAUGAUGGUUCCACUAGUAUGCAUGAUGGGGAGAGCUCGGAUGCUCCAUCUCAUGGAAAAUCAGAAAUGCCUUCAAGUUGUGGGGGAUUUCCAGGAAGGAAUGAGGAUAUGUCAGUUGCCCAUGAGCAAGUCAGGGAGAAGAAUAUGGCAAACUCAAAGAGAAAAGUUCAACAGGAAGAUGUAGACAGUUCAAAAUCCUACCAGACUGCUCUACUUCCUCCACCGUACAUAAAAUCAAAGAGCAACCUCAUCCCUCCAUAUGUUAAACCUAAAGACCAUAAAAACAGACCUAGUAGAAAGUCUGAGCUAGCAGGUCCUUGCAGUGAUGGGCAUUCUACAGAACCUUCAGAGAAUGGAUCUAACAGGAUUCAGAUGGGGCCAUAUAAUCCUGGCCAUGGGGGACAAAAUAUUGGGCCUGGCAGAGUAAGAAGUCAACGUCAUCGCGAAGAUCAAUAUUAUCAGGAUGAUAAAAUAGCCUUGCCAAAACCAAGAUCAAUUAGGAGGAAGCAACACAAAUCAUCUUCCAAUCAUGAUGACAUGGCUCAUGUUGAAGAUGCUGUAGCUGUAAAAAGAAGUUCCAGUAGCAGGAGAAGGGACAGUCCGCGAAAGGGCUUGCAGAUUUUGUUUGAUGAUGAGCAUUCUCAAAAAGAUGAAGAAGAGAGAAUGAUUGAUAAACUUUUGCUACAUUACAGUAAGAAACCAUCAACCUAUGGCGGUGGAAAUAUGAGAAAAGGCUCUCAAGCACAUCCAUCUCAUCAGAUAAGUAAUGGUAGUGGUGAAUCUUCUCAUGAUCGAAUGAGAGAUGGGCAUGAUUCGAACGCAGAUGUCAUACCAACCACCACUAGAUCUAUAUCUUUGCCUCGUCAAGAAACGACUCAAUCAGAGGCCAAAAAGGUUUUUACCCGUGCAAAGUCCUUUCAUCCAGAUGGCCAGGCUCGGCAUGUGCAUCCCAAGUUACCUGAUUAUGAUGAUUUGGCUGCUCGCUUUGCUGCACUGAAAGGCCGAUAAAGAGCAACGGCUUUUGAAACACGCGAAAUUGUUUGUGUUUACAUCUCUAUCUUUUAUAUCCAUCUUCCCGCUGCCUACAACUGGCUUACUUCCAGGCUCGUUAGCUGCAAUAGUUGGAGAAACCGAAUUCAUUGCUCAACCCUGAUUGAUUCCUCUUACUUAUACUAAAGGUACAAGUACUUGCUCAUUCUUGGUGCUGCCUCAUUUUUCUAUUAGUUCAUUCGCAUGAGAUGUUAUACAGAUUUGUGUCUAAAGUUGGUGCUGUGCCUGGUUGUAAAUUGUAUCCAUCUGAUUUUUCCGAUAUGAUGUGUUGGAUGGAGACUAAGAUGGAGCUUAUUAGUUAGUUCCUUCUUUUAGGCAUCUACUGAUCCUUGGUGUUUCAACUUAUACCGCAUAAUUGAUAUGUUUAAUAUA